AUGACCACUCAUUCCAUUGCAAGUAACGGAAGCUGCUCAGUGGAGGUAGACGAUACCCCUCAAAUACACUCCUCACAAUCUCAAAAUUUUGCAAAUGGUAUUGCAGCCGCUGGUAGGGCAGCUUCUGUUCUCUCCGCUGAUCAGCAAACAUCUCUAACAGCUACAGGUGCAGCCUCAUUACUCGACGAAGGAGCAACAUUGUGGAACUCUAUUGAAGAAUCAGCCACCAAUUUCCUCCUAAGCAUCCAAGUCAAGACCAAGAUUCACGCUACCAAUUGGUAUGGAUUUGUUUACAAUUUGUUCGUGAACUUGUACUGGAUAUGGACCAUGCUCUUUCUUCCAGCGCUAGCUGAGAGAGAAUAUCAAUGGGGAGAGUAUUCAACAUGGGUGUUUCGUGCUCUCAACUAUCCAGUUACGCUUUCCCUGAGCCUGGUAUCAUAUGAAGCUAUCAUUGCUAUUUUCUUUGUCUAUAUAGCUAUUUUGACUGCAUACAUUGUGAUACUGGCAAUAGGAUAUAGAGCAAGCUUGUUAGCAAAUAAGCAUUGGAAGCGGCUAAAGCUUGCACUUCGAGUUAUUCAUGGUUUUGUCACCAUUACUAGUUUCAUUUUUUGUUAUGUGAUUGGAGCCUUCUUUGAUUGCAAUUAUGCAUCUUCCAUCUUGCUACCUGGGUCGGAAAGACCAGUACAAGUACUUGCUCGUCACCCUACUGUUGCUUGUUAUGGAGCUUUAAACUCUGUUCUCAUAGCAUUGUCUGCCAUUUUCCUUAUUGUGCUACUAGUAAUACUCUUUAUUUCAGCAGUUUCCAUGACCGAAGACAACCCUAGCAGUAAGAAUGUAUUUUCCACUGAUUUUGUUUUUUACUAUUAUCCUUUCCUUAUUACACAAUGCCUAUACAUCAUAUUGGUCUCAGCAAUUCCUUCCACGUAUCCUGUUGUUAAACCUGUCAUUUAUCUGGCAUUGAGUUUACUCUUCCUUGUAUAUCAUUUAUAUGUUCUCCCUUUUUUCAGAAAGAUUGAAAACUCGAUAUUUUUUGGUUUUUUAACUGCAAGAGUCGGUGGCUCCAUUGGAUUUUUGGUUAGUGCACUCGUCGCAACCAACAAUAAGGAUUGGGAAUUUGGACUUGGUAUGAUGGGGCUAACUUUGGGACUUAUUGUCAUUGCUUUCGUUAUUGGAAUUGUAGCCUCAGAGAUUUAUAUUGGCAUCUUGUACAAUUCCAUUCGAAGCUCUAUCAUCAAUGUUCUAAAAAGCUCAUUUGAGUUGAGUCAGCUAGCAGCAACAAAAACCCCAAUCGAGAGAGAAGCUUCCAAUAUUUAUCAAAAAUUUGAGAAAGAAGGAAAACUACGAAAUUUUAAUUUAUUUCUCAAGUUUUCAAUGAAGUCUGGAAAACAAAGCAUUUCCAAUGAAGCACCAGUCUCCGAUGUUGACAUUUCACUUUCUCUCAUUAAAGGAGUGUCAUCUCAAAAGAGCGCCAAUAACGUUGAUAUUUUAGUAACCUCUGCAAUCGUGGUUGCUUAUUACUUGCCCAACUUUACUAGUGUAAUAUUGGCAGGAGGUAUUCUGAGAAAAGUGGUCAAGCUGAAGAAAAACAUGAUGAAAAAGUUCGUGGUUACCCAAAGAACCAAAGAGAUUGAGUUUUUGAGUGGAGAAGAUUUAUCUGGAAAGAAUAUUAUGGAAAUUAAGAAUAUUAUAUCUAUACUAGAGAAAAAGCAAGAACUUAUUUUACUAUUACACAAGGCUUUUUGGAAGGAAAUGGUCAAUGAAUCACUUGAUAUUGUUAAAAUUGAGAAUAUUAACAGAAAGAUAUCAAACCUCGUAUCAUCUUGCCAAAGUACAUAUGAUAUUCUGCUUUCUAAUUACAGUAACGAGAAAACAGUUAUCAGGUCAUACGCACGAUUUAUUGAAGAUUAUAAAUUUGAUCCAGAGAAAGCACAAGAAAUGUAUCAAGAGGCAAAUAUUAUUGAAGAAGAAGAAGCAAUUAACAGAAGACACCAGCUUCAAAAGACCUUGACAAAAUCCAAGUACCCAACCACUACGCAUAUUAAUAGAGUUGUACCUGUGCCUAUUAAUCCUUCAACUACCAGCAUGUAUGGCGGUCAACCAGAGGACGAUGACAACCGAGGAUAUUUCGAGAAGGUUGACACUCAAAAACAAGGUUUUUCAGUUAGCCGAAUGGACGACUUGGACUAUGAAAAUGAAAAAUUCGAGGGUGUAGAAGAAAAUGCUGCAACCGCACAACAAAAGAAGGAAUUUCUGUUCAGGACAGCAUUAAGAUCAUCAAUGUAUAACAAACCUCAAUGUGUCACAUUUGUCAUUUUUGCAGUUGGCUCGUUAGUGUGCUUAGCGGUAGGCUUAAUACUCGGCCUCGUUUUUUCUACAGGUGUAACUGAAGAUAUUCACAUGUCAAACGAUGUUUGUUUACCUUCUUCAUCGCCAUUGGGCUUAUUGAGAUACGUUCGUUACAAACAAAUACACGACGAAAUUGUUGGAAAGGUACCUCUGUGGGAUAUUUCUAACAGACAAAACCUAAAAGAAGAAUGCACAAAAUUGCAAAACCUAUAUACUUUGAGUAUGUCAACUUCAUCAUUUUCUGAAAAUGUAAGGGCAGACUAUACGAGAAGCUCUAGAUUCGUUACUGAGCCAAUCCUUCUGUAUUCCAACGCAACAGAAGCCACUUACACUGGCUAUUCAACAACUAGAAAUUCUACAAUUGCUGAAAUUACCAAGUCUCUUAUCAAAUCAUGUAACAGUUUUUUACGCUAUAGUGAUGCAGAAUUCAAAAACUCGGUAACCGACUACAACUUUAUGUUUCUUUACAUGAACAGAAUUAACUUUUCAGCUUCAUAUGAAAAGUUUUGUUCUGAAUACUUGAGUAGAAAUAAGGAAAAGUCUUCCACUUUUAGAACGAUAUUUCUUGGCUACUACGUUGCAAGCACGGCGCUAUACAUUUUCUGCGCAUUCUCAGUUAUUGCAUUUACUAGGUAUAACCUCACAACCAUUACUGAUUCUGUCAGAUUAAUGGGCAAACAUCUUUCCAAGGAUAAAGUAGGAAAGAUUUAUCACAAGUUGGAAAGUAAGGUAGAUGAAGACGUUCAAAUUGGUGCUGAAGGCAUUGUAGCCAUGAUUUUCAAACCCUCUAACGCGAUAUCUAUAUUGGUAAUUACGAUGAUAUCAAUCACUGCUAUUUGUGUUACUCUCUUCUUUGUUGAGACAGUCAUCAACUCUGAUAGUUCAUCUUUAGCUAUUCAGAAUAUUCAAUUCAGUGUUAAUGCAAUGAUGACAGCACAAAGAAUAGGUCUUCGCCUGGGUGAAAUUUUUGUUUUUAAAUCUCCAAAUUUUACCGAAAAUUUUUACUUGAGCGAUAAGAGACUUACAUCUGAUCGAGAAUUAAGCAAAUUCCAUACUGAUCAUAAGGAUCUUGCAGGCUUAAUUCAAGUAUCAUGGUAUUCAUUACUGUUUGGAACAGCAGAAAAUAAUUACUUCAAACUUCUUGGAAAGUAUCCUGAAAUUGAUGAUUUGAUCAUGGGAACGUGUGGCAAUUCUGGUAAUUCUUCAAACUCAACGGAUUGUACUGGCGUAGAUGAUCUUAUUACUAGCGUUACAAGCUCUUCGGCAAAGUUUAAUGAGGAUGUUUAUUAUAAUUCUGACAAAUUCACAAGCUUAAUUAUUUACGAUUGGCUCACCAAACUAUAUGAUGACAUUGAUUUAAUAUCUCACAAAAUUGAACGUAUGGUCGAUUUAUACUCUGGAUUUACAUCCUCUCCGUCCAUUGCAAUUACAAUUGUUUUUGCAUUAGUCGGUUUUAUUACCCUGAUACUUGCAAUAUAUUUCACUGCAAAAUCAAUGGGCUCUUUCUGGGAAGAAUACCGCCAUUUAAGAAUGAUGUUGAACUAUUUUUCACAUGAAGUAUUGGAGGAAAAUGAAGAGCUAAAGAAUUUUGUGCUAUUUAAGACUUUACCUGGAAGAGUUACAGACAUUUUAAAGGUGAGAAAACGUAGAAGUGCAGAUCUUAUGGUUAACGAGGAUUCCCAUGUUAGAAGUAUUUUGAACGCAGCUGUGGACGGAGCCGUUCUUUGUAACUCUCAAGCUGAAGUUACAAUUUUCAAUCCAUCUGCAGAACGAUCCUUUGGAUACAAGAAGAGUGAUGUAUUUGGUUUGUCCAUAUAUACUCUUUUCGAUGAAUCUAGCCAUGUCAAGCUUAAAAAGGUUAUUGACUCUGUGUUAAUUUCUAGUCAAACAAACAAUAACAACGCAGCUGGAGAGUCAUUGGAAUUAGAUUGUAUUAGAAAGAAUCAAACCAAAUUCCCAGCAAAAAUCAACGUAUUUGCGAGCAAUAUGGGUAAUGAAACUGUAGUGGUGUGCUUCAUAAAGGAUAUUACUCCUGAAAAGAAGCAAAACAUGCUCUUGGAGGAAGAAAAGAAAAAGUCAGAUUCUCUCUUGCUGAACAUUCUUCCAGAAGCUGUCGGUAAUCGCUUGAAGAGUGGUGAGACAUUUAUCGCAGAAAAGUUCAAUGAUGUUUCAUGUUUUUUCAGUGAUAUGGUCGGUUUCACCAGCAUGAGCUCUGUACUCAAUGCAACAGAUUUGGUAAAGAUGCUAAAUACUAUUGUCAAUGGCUUUGAUGCUCUCACUGACAAGUAUCAUUUAGAAAAAAUCAAAACAAUUGGUGACGCCUACUUUUGUGUUGGAGGUAUUCAUAACAACUCCACUUCAGACCAUCCUGAACGAGUGCUGCGUUUUGCCAUAGACGUAUUCACUGUUGUUCAUGAUUACAACCAUAACCAUGUUUUUGCACAAGACACCACGAACAAUCCAAACUACCUUAAUAUUCGUAUUGGAAUCAAUACAGGACCUGUGGUAGGAGGUGUAAUUGGAACUAAGAAGUUUGCUUAUGAUAUGUGGGGAGAUACCAUUAAUGUUGCUAGUAGAAUGGAGUCUACAAGUAAACCUGGAAGAGUACAAUGUUCAAGGUCCACCUAUGAGCGAGUUUAUGAUUUGGGCUUUGAAUUUGAAGAACGGCGUAUAGAAGUCAAGGGAAAGGGAAUUACACAGACAUAUUUACUCUUCGAUCGACAUCACAAAAACCCUCUUCCUAUCAACGCCAACCAAUUAGUCAGCGAAAGCGACACCAUCAUUAGAACUAAGUCCAGUAGCGCCACCAACGAAGAUAUGAUGAUUGGUGAGGCUGAUUCAAUGUAA